UACCUGCUCGAGGUGAGGGGUCAAUGAAACACCAAAGCAAGAAAGCUCGUGGGAAAGAAAAAGCUAGGGGAAAAAAAGCCUUAAAGAAAGCUGAUUACAUAAAGCAACACCUUUUUCUCUCUCUAUUAUUUCUAUUAUCUUUAUCUCUAUCUCUCUCUUUCUUCCUUCACUUGUGCCACUAUCAUUCCUCAUCUUCUUUUCCAUACAAGUAAAGCUGAAACCCACUAUUGCAACCUCACCACUUGUACUAGUCGUCGUCACAAUUAAUCCUCCUAUAGUUACAUAUAGUCCUCAAACCACACGCACAAAAAUUCCAUCCAUGUUAGACAACAGUGCUUCUUCUGGUGCACCAUCUUCUUCUGAUGCCGCCUUUGCAUUAUCUGAAAAUGGGGUGGCGAACAAAAGGAAAAGAAGACCCGCAGGCACACCCGAUCCAGAUGCUGAGGUUGUAUCUCUCUCACCCACCACCUUGCUGGAAUCUGACAGAUAUGUGUGCGAGAUCUGCAACCAAGGGUUCCAGAGGGACCAGAAUCUUCAAAUGCACAGGAGAAGACACAAGGUGCCAUGGAAAUUGCUCAAGAGGGAAACACAAGGGCAGAAGAAGAGAGUAUUUGUCUGUCCAGAGCCAAGCUGUUUGCACCAUGACCCUUGCCAUGCCCUUGGGGAUCUUGUGGGCAUCAAGAAGCACUUCAGAAGGAAGCAUAGCAAUCACAAGCAGUGGGUCUGUGACAAGUGCUCCAAAGGAUAUGCUGUUCAAUCUGAUUACAAGGCACACAUCAAAACCUGUGGCACUAGGGGUCAUUCCUGUGACUGUGGCCGUGUUUUUUCCAGGGUGGAGAGUUUCAUAGAACACCAAGAUGCAUGCACUGUCCGGCAGCACCGGCCAGAGUUGCAAGUACUGCAACCUGCAUGCUCUUCUAGAACAGCUUCAAGCGCAAGUCCCUCUAGUGAGGCAAAUUUUAGCAUCGCCCCACCAUUGCAAGGACUUCCACUGCCAAAACCAGUUUCUGCUGAUCAACUAGCAACAGUCUUAUUAACUUCAGAGAUACACAAUAACAAGUCCACCACCUCUCGGAACUUAGAACUUCAGCUCUUACCCUCCUCAAUAAAUUCUCAAGAAAAACGAAAUCCGAAGGAGAACUAUGGUUUGAAACUUUCAAUAGGGUCAUGUAGUAAUGACAAAGGGAAUGAAGAGAGAGUGUGCUCAGAAGCACAUAGGAGCCCACCUGAAAGGAAUAAUAAUGUGAGCGAGUAUUCCACAUUGGAAGUGGCGAGGUUGAAAGAGUUUGCAGCUGAGGAACUCAAGUUGGCCAUAGCAGAAAAAGCUUAUGCAGAAGAGGCUAGGAAAGAGGCCAAACGUCAGAUUGAGAUAGCUGAACUUGAGUUUGAGAAUGCCAAAAGGAUAAGGAAACAAGCACAAUCUGAACUGGCAAAGGCUGAAGAGUUGAGAAAGCACGCCAUGAAGAAGAUAAGCUCCACUGUUUUGGAAAUAACAUGCCAAAGUUGCAAGCAACAGUUCCAGUCUUCAACUCUUGGGGUUCCAUCAGAAGAGACCUCCAUUGUGAUGAGUUACAUGUCUUCAGCCACCACAGAAGGAGAAGCAGAAUGAAUGACAUAUACUUGCAAAAGAAAGAAAAGACAACCUUUAUUCAGCCAAAGGGGAAGACAUGAUAUGAUAUAAAGAUAUUCGGAGGAGUUCACAGCAAGUUAUAUUCUUCUUUUCUUCUUCUCUCUUGGUUCUUUUAUGUUUUCUUUUCUCUUGACAAGGUGAAAUUUGUUUUAUCUUAAAGAAAGUUCAUAUUCUUUAUUAUAAUAUUGUUGUUGAGAUGCAGCGUUUAGGAAUUUGAGAGUCUGACUAUUCAAGGUUUGUUUAAAGGUGAGCUGCAACCUGUUUUUCUCCAUUUAACAAAUUGUUGUAUGAAAA